AUGGUUGAACCCUUCUUGGGAACCUGGAAGCUGGUCUCCAGUGAAAACUUUGAGGAGUACCUGAAAGAACUAGGAGUGGAUGCUGCAACUAGGAAACUGGCCAUGUCGAUGAAACCAACCAUCAAGAUAAGUGUCAAUGGGGAAACCGUGAAUAUCAAAAUAGAAAGUUCUCUCAAAAACACUGAGAUCUCCUUCAAGCCGGGGGAAGAAUUUGAUGAAACCACACCAGACAACCGGAAAGUGAAGAGCACCAUAACCCUAGACAAUGGCACAAUGAUUCACGUCCAAAAAUGGCUCGGCAAAGAGACAACAAUCAAAAGAAAAAUUGUAGAUGGAAAAAUGGUAAUGGAAUGUACCAUGAAUAAGGUUGUCAGCACCAGAACCUAUGAAAAAGUGUGA